AGCCGCACCGUCGAUGACGCAGCGUCGCCGUCACGUGGCCAAAGUGGCCGAUGCGAUGAAUUAAACUUGAAGUAAAGCACGUUUUUUAAGAGGAGCACGAAUUAACACCUAAAAAAAAUGUCGAUUUCCGUCAACAAGGAACGAUUAAUUUACGAAUAUUUAUUGACUAUCGGCUGUUGUGUUAGAUGCUGUCUACGUUUGUCCGGGGUUCGGAGUCCCACGUUGUACGAAAAUCCUGUGCAAAGCUCUGUCACGCUUGGCUACACGGACGACUUGGUUUCAGAGCUUGUCUCCGAAGUAAAAAAAAAGAAUGGAUGCACGGCUUGUCUGGGGAUACUUGAUGAUGAUGCGAUUACAGUCGCUAUAGAAAAGAUCGCAUCUGAAAUCAAUAAACACGAAUAUGAUUGCAACACCUUCACAUGUGCCUUGACGAUACCUAUAGCUGUGCAGCUCAGGGAGCGUUCAUUGCAGAUAAAUUUAUCUCAAAAGUUUGAAUUUCCUGACGAAGUUAUUGCUGCUCUAAAAAGAACGGUACCCCCUAUAAAAGAAGUUUGGAAAUGGAUCGCCUUUCCCAAAAUUGAAAAUCUGACUGCCAAAACGGGUCUCCCUAUUUCAUCUACGUGCCCUUUUGUCGUAGAUGUAUUUCUGGUGUAUUCCCAAGACGAGGAUGAAUGCAAGGUCUUAUUAACAAUGUGUGGAGAUACUUUCAAACAACGUUCCCAACAAAGGAGAAAAUUCAGCAAUGGUGUAUUCAGUCGAAAAAGCGUUGAAACUGCAAUGAUUAGUACUACAGAUGAUCAGUUUGUUGAACACUAUCCUUGCCCUCCGACUUAUCCUACAUCAAAAGCUUCUAUAGACUUAGUCACCUGUACACAUGCAAGUUUUUUCAUUGGAGGAAGAUAUACCAAGUAUUCAAGAGAACUGAGUCAAACGCCAUGGUUCAUCGGCGGUGAAAAAAAGAUGGAAACAUCAGUUCAAGAACUGCUCUGUGAUCGGAUUCUCAAAUUUGUCAAGGCUGAUUCUAUGAAGUUUUUAUCUUCUGGUAGAGAAGAUGUAGAUGUACGAACACUACAUUCAGGGAGGCCAUUUGCUGUUGAACUACAGAACCCUAGAGUAACUAAGUUUACAGAAGCUCGUUUGAAGCAGCUAACGGAAGAAAUAAAUGGAUCUACAAAAUUGGUUCAUAUUGUUGAUAAUCUUCAAGUAAUUUCAAAAGACCAAUUGAAGACACUGAAAGAAGGUGAGGACACAAAAACAAAAACAUACAGAGCUCUUUGUUUGUGUCGAUCUCGACCACUGCCGAGUCUAGAUCUCAUAAAUAAUAUAAGCAAUUUAGAAAUCACUCAGAAAACUCCCAUCAGAGUCUUACAUCGCCGACCUCUUGCAACUCGUCCACGGACAAUUCAUUCGUUAAAAGCUACCUGGAUUAGUUCUUACGAAAUGCAGGUUCUCAUGUGCGACAAUCACGAUUCAGAGAUGGCCAACCACUUUGCACUAGAUCAUAAAUUGUUAAACCAAGAACCAGAUUCUGAGAUUGAUCUGUUUAUACUGGAUCUGACGACGCAAGCCGGAACUUAUGUAAAGGAAUUUGUACAUGGAGACUUUGGCAGAACAAAGCCAAGUGUUUGUGAAAUACUGAAAAGUGAAGUUGAUAUUGUUGCUUUAGAUGUGAUGAGUGUAAACCUAAAUUGGCCUUGAGAAAUAAAUUCACGUUUACUAUGAAACACAAAUUUGUACUUUUACCAAUUAUUUAGUAACAUUUUUAUUAAAUAUUAGUGGCGAGUUACUGAAGCUGGACU